AUGCCGCCAAUUCCACCCCUCUUUGUGCUCCAAAUCCCGCCGACGUUGAACGCUGGUUCCUCCGCUCAAGGCGAGCAAGGAAACUUCAUAUGCACGCAGGCUGCUCCUCAAGUCUACUUCCUGUCAUUCUCCAGUCCGCCCGAUAACCGCCUCAUACCGGCUUUCAAUCAGACAUUCUUGCUGGCGCUUGAUAUUAUCGAACAUCGUCUUCCCCGUGGAGUGGUCAUCACCACUUCGUCCAUCACCAAAUUCUACUCCAACGGCCUCGACUUCGAGAAUGCCAUCAGAGAUCCGACCUUCUUCCCAAACAGCCUUUACCCUUUGUGGCGGCGCCUGGUCACUUAUCCAAUGCCGACAGUGGCAUUGUUAAACGGCCAUGCCUUUGCAGGUGGCCUGAUGACUGCCAUGAUGCACGAUUAUCGCAUCAUGAACCCUCACAAGGGCUUCUUGUGCCUCAACGAGCUGGACUUCGGCGCGGCUCUUCAACCAGCCAUGGCGACAGUAUUCCGUGUCAAGUUGAACAUGACAACAUUCAGGAAUAUGGUCCUGGAGAGCAGGAGAUUCCCGGCCCUAGAAGCCUUGAAAGAGGGCAUCAUUGACGGUGUUGGGGGUGUCGAGGAGACGCUUGCCUUUAUUUCAGAAAUGAAGCUGACCCAAAAGGCUCAAGGAAAGUCAUACGGCCAGAUCAAGGAGGAACUCUACCGAGAGAUAGUCAAGGACUUGGAUGAGGGUGCCGAAGCCCGUGCGAAGCUAGCCGCCAGAGAUCUGGAUCGAAGUCGUCGGGCACUAGAGUCGAAGAAAAGAGUUGAAGAUUAUCAGGCGGUGGUCCAGAGAGCGAAGCUCUGA